AGCAGCGCGGCAGACUAGUUUUUCCGUUCAGUUUCCCUGAAGCUGUUUUCCUCCGGUUGCCACACUUCUGUUCCAGAUGCUAAUCUUCGAUGCACCCCUUCUCCUUGCUCGACGACCCGCGCCGUCUCCGCCGGCUCCUCUCGUCCUGCGCGGCGCUCCGGACACUCACCCGCCUCCACGCCCUCCUGAUCGUCUCCUCCUCCGCCUCCUCCCACCACAUUCUUUCCUCCUGCCUCGCCACCGCUUACGCCCGCGCCGGCGACCUCGCCGCCGCCGAGUCCACGCUCGCCACCGCGCCCACGUCGCCCUCCUCCAUCGCCGCGUGGAACGCCCUCCUCGCGGCGCAUUCCCGCGGGGCCUCCCCGGACGAGGCGCUGCGCGUCUUCCGCGCUCUCCCGGCCGCCGUGCGCCCCGACAGCACCACCUUCACGCUCGCGCUCUCCGCGUGCGCGCGCCUCGGGGACCUCGCCGCCGGGGAGGUCGUCAGGGACCGCGCGUCCAAGGCAGGGUACAGGAACGACAUCUUCGUGUGCUCGUCGCUGCUAAACUUGUACGCAAAAUGGGGCGCCAUGGACGACGCCGUCAAGGUGCUCGACCGAAUGCGGAAGAGGGACCGCGUCACCUGGAGCACCAUGGUUACCGGAUUCGUGAACGCGGGGCAGCCGGUUCAGGCGAUCGAGAUGUAUAUGAGGAUGAGGGAGGACGGUCUGGAGGGAGACGAGGUGGUUAUUGUCGGGGUUAUGCAGGCUUGUGCAGCAACAGGGCAUGUCCGGAUGGGGGCCUCGGUUCAUGGGUACUUGUUGCGGCAUGCUAUGCGGAUGGACGUUGUCAUCUCGACAAGCCUUGUGGACAUGUAUGCAAAGAAUGGACUGUUUGAUCAGGCGCGCCGGGUGUUUGAGCUGAUGCCGCACAGGAAUGAUGUGUCGUGGAGCGCACUGAUCUCACAGCUUGCUCAGUAUGGGAAUGCGGAUGAGGCACUUGGCUUGUUCAGACAGAUGCAGGUAUCUGGUUUUCAGCCCAAUUCAGGGCCAGUUGUUGGUGCACUAUUAGCUUGUUCGGAUCUUGGACUCUUGAAGCUAGGGAAGUCAAUACAUGGUUUCAUCUUGAGGAGCCUCGAGCUCGAUCGCAUGGUAGGUACAGCAGUCAUUGAUAUGUACUCAAAAUGCGGCUCCCUCGCAAGCGCCCAAAUGCUUUUCGAUAAGGUUGUCUCGAGAGACUUGAUUUCGUGGAAUGUGAUGAUUGCAUGCUUUGGUGCUCAUGGACGAGGCCGUGAUGCCCUCUCCUUGUUCCAGGAAAUGAAGAAAAACAAAGAGAGACCUGAUCACGCCACAUUUGCUUCUCUUUUGUCGGCUCUCAGCCACUCCGGUCUCGUAGAAGAAGGGAAAUUCUGGUUCGAUUGCAUGGUUAAUGAUUACGGAAUUGAACCUGCCGAGAAACACUUGGUGUCUAUAGUGGAUCUCUUGGCUCGUUCUGGUCUGGUUGAAGAGGCCAAUGACCUUCUGGCAUCAAUGCACACCAGACCAACCAUCUCAAUUUUGGUCGCUCUGCUUUCAGGCUGUCUGAAUAACAAGAAGCUGGAACUUGGGGAGAGCACAGCAGAGAAGAUCCUUGAACUGCAACCUGGGGAUGUCGGCGUCCUUGCUUUGGUCUCAAAUCUUUACGCCGCUGCCAAGAACUGGGACAAGGUCAGGGAAGUGCGCAAGCUAAUGAAGGACCAUGGCAGCAAGAAGGUGCCCGGGUGUAGCUCAAUAGAGAUACGCGGAGCACUGCAUACAUUCGUCAUGGAAGAUCAGAGCCAUCCUCAGCAUAGACAGAUUCUGCGGAUGAUCUCCAAGCUCGACUCCGAGAUGAGGAAGAUAGGCUACGUCCCGAAGACGGAGUUUGUGUACCAUGACCUCGAGGAAGGCGUCAAGGAGCAGCUUCUCAGCCGCCACAGCGAGAGGCUGGCCAUCUGUUAGGAGCCCUCCUAACCGGCCAGCCCAUCCGUGGACAGCAUAUGGGCUGGGCUGGGCUGUGCACACGUUGAAUCGUUGCCAGCUAUAAGUAAGUGGAGAGGAGGCAACGAGGAGGGUAUCCAGUGGAUCACGAACGGCGGCGGCGGCUUCCUUUCCUUCUUCUUUCUCUCGCUCUCCAUUCCUGUACUCUAGCCAGAGCUUGUAAUUCGCACUUGUAUCUCGAAUUCCCCUGUGCAUGUAAUAGAUCGAGAGAGUAUCUACCAGUACCCUAA